CUUGGCAGGUAGCUUGUGAAUUUCACCACGGGAUUGCGUUACUCCCAUCACUGCUUAAACAUAUAACAAUAUAGAGAGACUUUAGUGUAUAGUGUGAAUGAGGGUCACCGAGAAAUAACUGAUUUAAUGCACCACCCGGCCAGCACGCUAAGUGACCCGAAUCAAACACACCUAAGAUGUUGCGUGAGAACAGGUGCAUGCUGUGUGUAGCUAAAUGCUAACAUGUACUUGCUUGGUGGAUCCUGGCAUCUACGUCCACUGAGGAACUUUUUUUUUUAUUUGAGGAGCGUGGUGGGAAAGAAAGUUUGAGUGGACUGGUGUGGCGAUAUUAUACACUGAGACUGAACGAGCAGGGAAGUGUAACUGGAGCAGAUUGUGGAGGCAAUAUCGCGUUGCUCAGGGACGACCAUAGACUGUGUAUUAACAGUCUGGAGGACUCGCAAAAUGACGUUCAGACAGUUUCAGCUGCUGUGGUUCCUUUUGUCUCUCUCUUGGCUGAUAAGUGGGUUGUCCCCAUGGCUCUCAGACCUAUGUUCUUAUUGUUGCUGUGGUACCUCACUUUGUCUGUUCAUAGAGUCACGUCUUUGUGCAAUGUCACCUGCUCGACGGACUUCAAGACUUCACUGAACUGUUCCUGCUCAGACUCUCUACCAACCUAUUCAUAUUUGGUCGAAGUCAUAUGCAGGGAUGAAGAACUUGAGGUUAAUGGCAGCUGUGAAGUCAAACCACCUCAAUCCUGGUGCAUAAUGUAUCCGAAAAAGCUUGAUGAAAAUCUUUAUGAUGUUGCAGCCAUUGAAACCAUAUGCACUGCUAAAGUCAGUCAGGUAUUGAUGAAUACCAGUGUGUCAUCCAGCUGGUCACUGUGUGAUGUGGUGAAGCCUCUGCCUCCUGUCGAUGUUAAGGUGACAAACACUGACGGAUUCUACAACAUCACUUGGAGCCACACCAACACAGAAGACUGUCUCACAUACAGAGUGCGCAUAAGAGAAAGCAAAGACUUGUCAAAGGGUCCAGCUCUUUCCCGUUCAUUGACAGUAAAGUACAUUGAGAUAGACCAUAAGAACCUGCUACCACAUGUCAACUAUACUGUGGAUGUUCAGGCCAAAAUGUGCCCUGGGAAUGUCUAUCGUGGUCCAUGGAGCGAGUGGAGUUCCGCUGCAGGAUGGAGGACUAAAGGAACUUCUGCGGAGAUUGAAGGAAUGAAUGGCUGCUGGUGGUACAUCUCCCUGUCCGUCGUUCUUGUUCUUGUGCUCCUGUUGCUGGGUUAUUCACAAAAACCGUGGUGGCAGAAAAAACUCCAGCGGAUUAUAUACAUCCCCAGGCCAGAUGAGUUUUUCAAGCCCCUCGACCUCAACUAUGGAGGGAACUUCAAGGAGUGGGUGAAGCCUGUAUUCAGCGAGUACGAUUACCUAAAGGUCAACUCCCACGCUGAGAUGAUAAGCAAGAAGCAGCACGACGUCCUUCAAUGGAACGACGAGAAACAAAGCUACAGCAAGGACAACGAGAUGAAACAAAGUGGUCAUUUAGUCCACAUGCUGCAGCCUCACAGCAACUCACUGCUGUUCUUUCACGACGGUGGCAGUUCCCAGGGCACCGGUCACUCCACCGGACACGUCUCCAUCCACACCGUGACCCUGUCUGGAGAAGAAGAGUUUGAGGAGGAAGUUGGGUCACAGAGCUCUGCACACACCCUCAGAAGUUACCAAGAUGGAGAAAGCUUUGGUUCAUUUGAGGAAGACAACAGAGAACACGCUGGCUAUGACUUAGAGGAACUUCAUAGGCAAAGUAGGAUAUUACCACAACAUGAAAACCAAAUAUUGAAUGACUUAUCAGUGGAAAAUAUAAACUUUCAGCCCCGUGCCCAGCUUAAUGAACCAGAGAGGGUAUCACUCGACUCGUUGGCUUUAAACGAGCAGUCAGAAGACGGCUACCCUCACGUGGACUUGGACACUAUUGACAGUGGUUUUGGAGAGUGCAGCAGCCCUGGAGCCUCAGACUCAAACAUAGCACAGCAGAUGGACUCCAAUUUAUUUCAUGAGCACACAAGCUCAAAUUCUAACUACGUCAAACAGUGGAUGAUAUGCAGCACUAUUCAAGAAGACUGUAGCAAGUCAGAGAACGAACUCAAUGAAACACAGUGAUUAGGGCUGCUGAUUAGCUGCCACAAUCACAGUUUGCAGUGCUGUGGGACACAUAUUUAACAAAUGGACAUUAUUGUUGACAUUUUAAGAAAAUAUACGUAAAUUGGAAGUAUCUGCUCAGCAUAUAUUCCUGUAAAUCUUGAAAUGUUAGUUGUGCACUUUGUACUAUGUAAAUGUAAAU